AAGGAAGUAAAUUUGAAUCAAAUUUCCAAAUAAAACCGGAAAAGAAAGUAGUCUUUUUUUAUUUAAGUUUUUGGAAAAUUUGGCAAUUUUAAGAACAGAAAUCUAUACGAUAGUAUAUUACUGAAAAUACUGAUAAGAAUGUUUCAAGAUCCUGAUUAUUACCGGACAGUAUCAUUGAAACUGUCAGAGGUCCUCGAUGAUAUUUAUGUAAAUGAGAGGACGGUACUGAAGAGGAGGAGAAUGGUGUUGUUGCAGGAAACUAUGCUCACCACUUUACACAGAUUACUCGGCCAGCCUAUAGUUUUCUAUAAUUUCGGUAGCCGAUCUGAAGGAUCAACAACAAUAGGACUCGAUUCAGACGCUGAUACACUCUGCUGCUUCAAUACUUGGAAUGUGAUAAGAGACUGGGGUGAGUGGCAGCAUGGUAUGUUCAAUCUCCUCAUGAUCCAGGAUGAGACCACAUCGCCUGGCUACUGUCUCCUACAAGUGCUGAGGAAGGAUGAGCCUCUUCCUCUGUAUUUACCUGAACACGUAUCACAUAGGUAUUUUACAGUAAGAGGAGGUAGAGUAUUUGUGAAGAAUACAGCGUUCAAUCGUGAUGUUCUAGCAGGUACUGUCACAAAUGGUCCAGCAACAUCACAACAAGGACGUCCAGGUUUUUAUGAUGUAGAUUUUGUUAAAGCUUUCCGUUGCAAGUCAUGGCCUGUAGAAGCCCAACCUUGGUUAAUAAGACAAGGUAUAGGAAUGUGGCCAACAGAGGAAAUGAAGAGAUAUUGCGAGAAUACCGGAUGUUUUUUUGUUCCAGUGAGCAGUAAAAGUGGUCAGUAUGAGGAGUUUGAAUGGAGAAUAUCUACUUCCAUGGCUGAAAGGUUUCUUAUGUUCAGUUUAAACAUUACACAAAUGAGAUGUUACAUCCUUAUGAAGAUGAUUCUUAAAACAUUCAUAAAUCCUCGGUGUAAUGGUGUUCUGUCAAGUUUUAUGUGCAAGACUGUUUUAUUGUAUUGCAUACAGAACACACAUUCAAACAAUUGGCGACCGUCCAAUUUACUUGCGUGUUUAACUGUCUGCCUUAUAGUAUUGGAGAACUGUGUUAGACAAACAAACUGUCCACAUUUUAUAAUACCUGAAAACAAUCUGAUGGCCGGGAGAAUUUCUCCUCGAAACAAAAACAAAAUUCUAGAAAUCUUACAAAAUAUUGCACAAAGUGAAGGUCGUGUACUGCUGGAGAUUCCCAUUGACAACCUUGGCACAAGACUGCAGGUGAAGAUGAACAUGUAUGGAGCUUUUCAGUACUACCGCACUUCAGCCGAAAUGUAUGCUGAGAUCUCACAAGGUCUUCUAUUAGAUACAGGCAGUACUGUAUGUGCGUGUCACAAACACUUAAUAAGAAAAAGUCUACAUGGUGGAAAUGAUGAUGUACAGGUGAUAUUUUCAGACUUUACAUUUAAAGUAGUGAACACAUACAGAGAAAUAGGUUGUAACAGUUUGGAAAAAACUGCAUUCAAACUUUUUAUACCUCUAUUAUAUUCUUCACUAGGGUCUGCGGUGGCAUCUAGUGAAAUUUACGCACACAACGUGAUAACUCGAAAAACACUGACAUGUUUUUCUAUAGGUUUGGAUUCCGAUGUAUCAUCUGGCAGACUGAAGCUUGCCUCAGCCAUUUAUUGUCUAGGAGAUAUGAUUAGAACCGAGUUUGUCCUUAGGAAUACUGAAGACUUGUAUGAUCUGAACAUCGUGGAACCUCUAUGUCGUUGUAAUAACUUAAGAAGAUCUCUCUCUAGACAAGGGUUCCAAAAUAAAUCACGCACUGGCAAUGAAGAACUCAUAAGACAUAUCACGGCAUUUUGUGUUGGAUUCGCAAGGUGUGAAAUAAACUGUGUUCCACAAGAACUACGAUAUGAAAUGUUUAGGUCUACACAAGAAGAUAUGAUUGAAAGGGAUGAAAUCUUUAACAAUUGGAUGGACUGGGCAGUAGUAGAUUCCCUCCCUUACCUCUACUUUCUACAGUACAAAACUUUUGGCCACCUUCAGAGAGCAGCCGCCCAGCAGCAGGCACUCACAAACCUAGUCACUACAAUUGAAACGGAGUCUAACCUUGGUCAUAGGGAAACGGCGCUAAAUUUACUGGGUCAAUGUAUGGAACAGGAGAACCGACAUAAUGAUGCUCUGCGCUGCUAUGUGCUAUCCCUGAACAUCCGUGCAAGAAACAACGCCGCAAACUUUCUUAUACCCAAGUUACUUUAUGCAUUUGCUAACAGACACGUCCUGUAGAAAUAGAUUAAAAAAACUGAUGAAUAGAAAGGGAGAGUUUACUGAACUGAAAAAGAUGUUGUGUGUAUGUAUAUGUACGAUCAGAAGGUAUGAAAAUAUGAAAUGUUUAGAUCUACACAAGAAGAUACGAUUGAAAUGCAUGAACUCAUUGACUGUUGCUGGGCAGUAGUAGAUUCUCUCCCUUUACCUCUGCUUCAUACAUUACAAAACGUAUGGCCACCAGAGAGCAGCCGGCCAGCUGCAGGCACUCACAAACCUAAUCACAACCAUCGUACUGGGGCAAUGUAUUGGACAGGAGAACUGCCAUAAUGAUGCUCUGCGCUGCUACAUGCUAUCUCUGAACAUCCGUGCAAGAAACAAUGCCGCUAAUUUUCUUAUACCCAAAUUACUUUAUGCAUUUUUUUUGCUAACAGACACAUCGUUUAAAAAUAGAUGCAAAAAAACUCUGCGACGAAUGACACUACUGAACAUACCGAAAUAGAUGAUGCGAGUUGGUGUACAUACAUUAUUAGAUAACUUACACACACGCCUAUUGAUGUUCGAUUCAAAUCAGUGUGAAGUUUACAAGUACAAUUUUAUCCAAGAAUACUUGAGAUUCAAAAAAAAAGGUUCGGAGUCAAACACUAAAAAUCACGGAUAGAUUGUUGAAUUUCAGAGGCUUUACUUAAUUUAUAAUAUAUUUGAUUAAAAACUUGCAAUUAAUAUUC